GCUGUGACUCCUUGUGCCAUUGCAGUUCACGUCCAAAGUGGAAGGCGUUUCCAUCGGGCCUUGCAUACUAGUAGUCCUCUCCGCUGACGAUGGAAUGAAGUGCCGCCCAUCGAGGCGUCCUCAGGAGUACACAUACCCCGCUAAUGAGCCGGUCCCGCUCGUUGAGACAUGUGAAUCGGGAAGUCACCUAUGAAGGCUUCUUGCCUUUCGAGCGGGGUUGUGACUGACAAGAACGAUCCCGAAUGGAUUGGGGCGGCAAGACAUAUAUCGGCCUUUCGCUUCAGCACGCAAUACGGACGGGAUGAUGGUCUCGGAGGCCGGUCUGACCUUCGAUCGGCCAAUUUCCAUGGCUUCAUGUGCGCAUCGCGGAGGUGGGAACUUCCAGCGGGACUCUCUGACAGCACCUUUGAACAAGUCAUCGUCGGAGCAGCGCUUUCUGUUGCGGACGUGAGUCACCAUGAGACCCACAGGGAUUGCACAUUGCUAGCUGCUUGUGGCGUCGACGGGACAGGAGCUCGGCCCAUAUCUUCGCCUGCCUCACUGACCCGCAAAAACGCGUCCCGUCUUACUAUCGGACACAUAACCUUGUUACCUUGCAUAGGGCGCAUACGACCAAUGGGCCGAACGGAGGCCCGAAGACUUCGCACCUCCCGAUGGGUAGCUUUGCAGAACGGGAUCUUCAAAGAGCCGAUGCAAUUGUUCAAGCGCCUGCUUCCCUUGAGGCUGUGCAAGAGGGUCAUGAAAGAUACCAGCCUAUGGUGGGGGUGUUUCGGUGCCUGGAUCGGGUGUCUCAGAGCUACAGACGAGGAGCACAAGAUAACAUCGCAUCGAAAGGGGACGCCGUAGCGAGGCUUACGGGAACGGCGAGCUUUGUGAGACCCACAACGUCGGGUAAGGAGUGUUGGG